UUGGCUACUGACGGCUGCAACACACACAGCUAGAAGCACAAAUGUGGAAGAGAGCCUUCGUCGUCGCCGCCGCCGCCGCAGCACUCCGCCGUCCAUAUACGUCGGGAGUUCGCAGCGCAACCACCAUAUCCUCCGCCGUGGAUUCCAUGCUUCUCCGCUCGCUCAAGGAUCACUAUCUGGAAGUCGCCAAAAUGAACAUGCCCCCUAAAGUGAGUCCUCCAUCUCCAUUCACGAUCGUGAAGGGAGCGCUGGAUUCACACGGUCCCGUUCUCAAGCGCAGCUACGGCGACGAAGAGGUGAGCAUCUACGUCAUGCGAUUGUCGAGCGGUGAGGAAGAAGACGGUGCGAUUGAGCAGCUUUUCAUUCACGUUGACGUGUCCAAACCUGCGCAGAACGAAUCCUUGAUUUUCCUAUGUGGUUUGUACGAGGAUGCUUUGGGGAUUCACUCUGUUUCCAUGAGACCUAAGCUUCAAGACUCUGGCUACCUCCUUAUUCCUUCACAAUACACUGGUCCUGUUUUUGCAGAACUAGAUGAAAGGAUGAGAGAUGCAUUUCAUAGUUACGUAGAGGAGCGAGGAGUAAAUGAGAGCCUCUUUAAAUUUCUUCAGGCAUGGCUAUAUGUGAAGGAACAUCGAAAUCUACUGCGUUGGUUCAAAACGAUGGGCUUGUUCGUUGACGGAAAGAAGCCAGCUACAGUUGAAGUUUGCGGAAAAAAAUCAUCUAAACCAAAAGGAAAUCGUUGAGUAAGUCUAUUUUAUUUAGUUACAUAAUUCAGUUACAUCUGUCUUUUAUAAAUUUAUCGUAAGUA